UCUUUUCUUCUCUUGUUCUUGUUCAUUUCAUCAUACCCCUUGAUGAAUAAUAUUUUCCAACACCAACACUAAGCCAUUUACUCAUUUUACUUGUAAUGAUGUUGAACAAUCAUGCAACUUCUCAUCCUCCUGAUAACACUCCUCCUAAUUCUGAUGAUCAAGCAAUGAUUAACCGCCAGUUCUUUCGAACUGGCUUUCGUUAUGAUGAUGAUAUUGAUGAUGAUCAGAAUGUGCCCAAGAAGAUGAUGAUGAUGAACCCAAGAAAGAAAAGAACCAAAAUGGUCAGAAUUGACAAUGCCAGUACUACUGCUUCCACUUCUACUGAUCUUGUUGUGGCUGCUAUCAAGCCUAAGUACAGUAAAAAACCGGACCCGUCUGCUCCGAAGAUUACCAGGCCUUGUACUGAGUGUGGGAGGAGGUUUUGGUCUGUAAAAGCUUUGUUUGGUCACAUGCGUUGUCAUCCGGAAAGGCAGUGGCGUGGCAUUAACCCUCCUCCUAAUCUUCGUCGUUCGUCUCCUAUUGAUCAUCACCGCAUUGCUGAGGACCAUGUUUUGUUAAUGAAUGAAGAGGAUCAGGAAGUGGCUUCUUGUUUGUUAAUGUUGGCCAAGUCUCCUCCACCUUGUACUACUAUUGUUUCUGAUCAGAGUAACUAUCCUACUAGUGUGACUACUAAUUGUACAGUUGGGUUUUCGGGUUUGGAGAUCAGGAAUCAGAAUGCAGUGUUCGGCUGUGGGGAUGUUGAUAAUACUGUUAUGGAUCAUGGUGCUGGUCCUUCCGGGGUCAGCAGUUUUAAGUUCGAGUGCUCCAGUUGCAAGAAAGUUUUUGGGUCACACCAGGCUUUAGGGGGUCACAGGGCUAGUCAUAAAAACGUAAAGGGUUGUUUCGCUAUUAACAAGAAUCUUGACUGCAACGCUGAGGAGGACUACAACAUCAAUGGCGGUCAUGAUCAUAGGAAUGUUGAUUAUGCAGGGAAUCCCUUUGGGGAUCAAGAUAAAAUGUUAAUGGUAUUAGGGCACAGGUGCAGCAUUUGUUUGAGGGUUUUUCCGAGUGGACAAGCGUUGGGUGGCCACAAGAGGUGCCACUGGGAGAAAGGGGAUGAACCAUCAUCUCUAACGCAAGGAGGGCCAGAGCCAUAUCAACAAUUUCCUCAAAAGGGAGCAUCUGCUCUAGACUUGAACUUGCCUGUGCCACUUGAAGAUGACUAUCUGUCAUCCUCUUUGAAUUCUGGGCUAUCUCUGGACUUAAGCCUGGGGCUGUGAGCUAGUUAUGUGUUUCUUACUUUGUUAGUAGCUUAAUUCUACUUCUUAGGUUUUACACAAAACUUGGAAAUGUUUUUCAUGGCUCCAA